GGGGCCAAGGGAGGAGGAGGAGGACGGGUAAAGUCCGGGAGGCAAGGCUGAGUUCUUCCACUCACUUGUUACGUUUUUUUUUCGGACUCAGAAAGGAUCAAUCUGAUCAUGGCCACGUUAGUGAAGAGGAUCAUCACUUCUGCGAAGGCUCCUGCCGCCAUAGGACCCUACAGUCAAGCUGUGUUGGUUGACCGGACCAUGUACAUCGCAGGGCAGCUAGGCAUGGAUCCUGCAAGUGGGGAACUUGUAGCCGGAGGAGCAAAGGAACAAACUAAACAGGCCCUUCAAAAUGUCGGUGAAAUUCUGAAAGCUGCUGACUGCGACUAUGGCAAUGUGGUCAAGACGACUGUGCUGAUGGCUGACAUGAAGGACUUUAAUGAUAUUAAUGAAAUCUACAAGCAGUUUUUCAAGUGCAAUUUUCCAGCAAGAGCAGCUUACCAAGUUGCUGCCCUUCCAAAAGGUGCACGUGUUGAGAUUGAAGCUAUUGCCGUCAAGGGACCACUCCAAGAUGCCUCAGCAUGACUAUAAGAUAGUGCCUCUGUACCCAUCUCCCUACCCCCAUUUAGACUAAGUUCUUGUAGGGCUCAGUUCUGCCCACUAACAUCUUCUUGAAAGUCAUCAUUUUCAAGACUAGGAGCCUGCCUGAUGUUAGUAUUUGCAUAGUAUAAUUGAAGCUGUAAGCUAAUGCAAGGCUUUGCAUUCCUAAAGAAGGCAGCAAAUGCUACUGAGAGUUAAUAAAGAAGCAAUGAACAAGUUGGUUGCGUACUCAUUAAGAGCCAGAAUGUGUUCUGAGUUUACAUUACACUAAUUAGAACUGUACCCUUAUAAUAAGAAAAACAUUACAGUCAAAUUAUAAUAACACAAAUGUUUGAUCAGUUCAUAUUAGAAACAUAACUGAACUUUACAAUGACCUUAACUAAAAUUACAACUGUAGAUAAGCUACUGUUCAAAGAUGCUACUAACUUUAUAACAAAAAUGUUUGUAAUAUAUUUUCCAUGCCAUGUUUUCAAAUGACACCACCCACCAGAUAUAUUUUGCAGGAAUGUUAAGGAAUAAACUAAUUCCACCAA